CUUCCAAACCCAUCACCCCGGUUUUCCCCAUCGCCGCACUGUAGCGGUCAGGAUGUGCCGGACCAGAUUUCAUGCUGAGGCUGGCAGGGAAUUGCACAGAUGAGGCUGGAGGGCUAGCUGGCAGCUUGUUUCGUUCGUCUGCCAUCAUACGGGAAUGCUUAGUGAUGCAACUAUGGUGUAGAUUUGUAUAUAAGGAUUGGAUCGUUUGUUUCAUACGAUAUUGAUCAAAACCCAUUGGGGGCAGUAGGAAAAGUUUCCACGAUAUUCAAUCAAAUAUCAAGCGAGAAAGAAGUAAGAGAAGGGAAGGGAAGAAGAAAACAAAAAGAAAGUAGAGAAAUGCUCCAACAAGUAAAGAAACGCACAAGAGCAACCCACGCCAAAGUACGGACGGGAUGCCACACCUGCAAAGUCAGACGCGUCAAAUGUGACGAACAGCGACCCGCAUGUCAAAAGUGCCUCACGACCGGCCGCACCUGCGAAGGCUACAACAACGACCGUCAAUGGAUCAUCAUGGUUCCCUCUCCCCACCCUCCAGCAGCAACCGCACCACCACUACCUCCACUUCCACAACCACCACCAUCACCUCCGCCCAUGCUUCUGCAGCCCUCCUCCUCUCCCGCCGACCAGGACGCCAGCCUAAGCAGCCACCACCUCGACUACUUCCGCACGACCGCCGUCCACGAACUCUGCUGGUUCCCCGGCGCCGACGCCGACUGGGGCCGCCGCAUCGUACGCUACGCGCAGUCAUCACCCCCGAUCCGGCACGCCGCCAUCGCACUCGCCUGCUCGCACCAAUCGUCCCGCUCCCCCCAGGAGUCGUCGUCGGCCACGCUCAUCGGCAACUACUACUACGGCCGCGCGAUUCGCGCCCUCGUCUCCCAGACGUACGACAAUGUGCCGUGUAACCGUGGGGAGUUCUUGGUCUGCGGGCUCAUGUUCAUUUCCAUAGAGACGCUGCGGGGGAAUCGAGAGCUCGCGAGGUACCAUUUGGAGGGGUGUUUGAAGAUUGUGAGGGAGACGCGGGAGGGGCUGGGGUUGGGGUUCGUGUGUCUGGAUCAGUUGCCGGGGGAGAGGGAGAGGUUGAGUUCGGAGGCGUGGCUGUUGUCGAAGAUUUUGUGCCAGUAUCUUGAGGAUGAGGUUGGGGGUGGCAGGGGGGGUGAGAUGGGGGAGUGA